AUGGCUGCAACGACGGCCGAUGCAUCUGCUGCAAUGGGACACAUUCCUCAGCCCGUGGGUGCCGAGAAGAAGGGCAGCUGCUCAGAUCAUGGCUUUUGCAGUGAAGAGGAGCAGAACAAGGCCUACAUGGCAGUGCUGCAACGCCUGAAGUCUGAGGGCGUGCUGAAAGCACUGCGGCCUGACUCACGAGGCAUGCUGCGCAUCAACGUGCCCUUCGCUGGUAAGUUCGCAGAGCGCGACCUGCUGAUGGCAUUCUUGCGCACGGAGGUGUUGAAUCGGCGGAGUGACAUAAGGUUUAUCCACAUUCUUGUCACAGACAUCCAGGACUUCUUCAGUGAGAAGACCGAUCCUGUUGUGCGAGACCCGCACAUCUUCAUUUCGUACCUGGUGCAGGAUGGAACGGUUCCUCUUCCUCCUGCGCAGCUGUUGCUGGGGAUGCAUCCAGAUUGCAGCAGCCGGUUCUUGACCGAUUUCGGGAUACCCUAUCGUCGAUAUUACUACUUAUGGCAGCGGAUUCUCCACCAGACAGCAAUGAGCUGCACCCAGGUCGCUGUUUUUUGCAACCUCUGGCUCGAAGAGGCUAUCGAGGUGCAGAACGUGACACGACAUGCAGGCAUGAUGUCGUCGGCGCCGUUGAAGAAUGAGCUGUAUUAUGGCCAAACCGUCACCUCGCCAUUGACUGCAAACAAGCGCGACAGGAAGCCGUUCCACUACAUCGUCAUUGCAGAUCGCGCGCCCUUCCAGGUUGUGCCGAAGAUCGUGACGAGUGAUGAGGACUACACUGGCCCCUACCACAAUUUCUGGACACUCGCGGAAGAGCGUACACGCGAGGCUGGACCGCCCUUCCAGCGAGCUUGGGUUGCUCUGGCGCGAGCACGCUUAGCCACUGGAGCGAAGCGUGAUGCCUAUCGCAACGUGCAAGAGGCUUUAAGCCUGAAUGCAGAUAUUUACCUCGGCCCGUCGCUGAGCGUGCUUGCUGCACAAGGAUAUUCAGAAACCCACAAGUGGCCUCUGGUCAUCAAGCACGCCGAGGCGGCCUUGGCCCUGCGUCCGAGCGAUGCCGAGACCCUGAUCUUGCUUCUGCGCGCCCUGAUCUCCAACAAGGAGGGCAAGUCCGCGAAGGCUCAGGAGACUGUCCGAUUGCUGAUGCAAGCCGAUCGGUCACGAAGUAUCUCUCUUCUGAGAGAAGUUGCGGAGUCUAGCGGGUCUGCAGCUGACAAGCAUUACUGGCUGUCCGAAGCCCUAGCUGGAGCACGGGCUGGCGGGUCGCCACCUCAGCGGCAGCUGCUUCGGGACUUGGCGGAGGCCAGUUUCGUCUUGGACCGCAGGGAGGAUGCUUUGAAGCUGUUCGAAGAGGCAUUUUACCAUCCGGAGGGCCUUGCAGACGAAGAUACCGCGAAGUCUCUCGCCCAGAUGUACCUUCGGAAUCAGCGGUCAAAGGAAGCUAUGGAGAUCUACCGGGUAGCGUUGCAGUCCUUUCCGGGCAGCUAUGGUCUUGUCCGUGGCUACGGCCAGCUGCUUCUGAAGGACAAUCGCACUGCCGAAGCCAUCGGGGCCAUCAGCAGAGGAGCCAAGCUGGCACCAGCGUUGGAGGCUUCCUCGCUGCACCUGCUUCUCGCCGAGCUCCAUCAGGACCUGGGCCAGACCAGCGAAGCUCUUAUCGCUUGGGAAGCAGCGGCAACUCUGAAUCCAGACAGCCUGGCGGCCUGGCGUGGCCUGGUCGCUGCAGCUCGCCAGGACGUUCCUUUGCAGCUCCGUGCUCUGCGGCGAUUGGCACUGCUGGAGCCAGGCAACGCUGAGUGGCAUGCGCAGCUGGCGGCCACAAAGCUGGCGACGACUCAUGCGUCGGGCGAUGCUGAAGCGAGUAAAGAGGUGGAGGCUGACUUGGACCGUGCGCUGCGGCUUUGUCCAAGCAACGCCCUGGCUUUGGAACAGAAGGCGGGGUGA